GGACCGAAAGUGUGCCCGGAAACAAACCCUACAACCUUUCAGAGUAAAGUGUAUCACUUUGUGUGUGAAUUGUAAACAUUUGUUUUGAAAAUCCAAAGAAAAGUUAUCCAAGUAGAGUCCUUUCAAAGUUUCGUGCUUGAUGUUUGUUUAACUACUGUACUUGUACAAAUUUUGCUACGAUACAUGUUUGGUAUUCCACGGCACAUGUGCUUUAAGGAGUUUAUUUUAUAGUUUUUACGUAGCUUUAUUUCUGGGGCACCAUGUUACACGUGCGCGCGGUUUUAUGCGAGGUUUUCCAAAAGUGUUUUCGCUAGGCCUCGUCGUGUUAUUUCCAUCACUGUGGGUCUGGUUAACAAUUGUCGGCAGAAAUGUCACUGGAGGACUAUGAGAGACAUUUUGACUCGCUGAAUUCGGAUUUGGGUGGCGGUGGGUCUGUUGUCAGUGAACGAUCAAGUUCAGGCUUAUUUGCUGGAGAAGAGGAGAAGUUGCAUUACAUUCCUAUCCGGAUCCUCGGGAGGGGGGCUUUUGGUGAAGCAACCCUGUACAGAAGGACAGAAUAUUCUGUCUAGGACAACUCUCUGGUCGUAUGGAAAGAGGUGGACCUGAACUCGCUCUCAGAAAAGGAGCGUCGAGAUGUCACGAACGAAAUCAGCAUCCUCUCCAUGUUGGAGCACAACAACAUCAUCGCCUACUUCAAUCACUUCAUGGAUAAAAACACUCUGCUCAUUGAGUUGGAGUAUUGCAAUGGAGGAAAUCUGUAUGAUAAAAUUGUUCAGCAGAAAGGGAAACUUUUCACUGAGGAGCUUGUUGUUUGGUAUCUGUACCAAAUCGCCUCAGCAGUGGCACAUAUUCACAACGCCGGGGUCAUACACAGAGACAUCAAAACUCAAAACAUAUUUCUGACCAAGACCAACCUCAUUAAACUGGGCGACUACGGCCUCGCCAAGAAGCUAGGCUCUGAGUUUUCGAUGGCAGAGACGUGUGUGGGAACUCCGUAUUACAUGUCCCCUGAAGUGUGCCAAGGCACAAAGUACAACUUCAAGUCUGACAUUUGGGCAGUGGGCUGUGUACUUUAUGAAGUUCUGACAUUUAAAAGAACAUUUGAUGCAACGAAUGCUCUGAACCUCUGUGUGAAAAUAGUCCAAGGAAACUGGACUAUGGAAGUGAACUCGGAUCUUUAUUCAAGUGAAAUAAUCAAGUUGAUUUAUGAUUGCCUCAAUCAAGAUCCUGCAAAGAGGCCCACAGCUGAGCAGAUCCUGGAUCAGCCAUUCAUCGCCUGUUGCCGACAGGAGCUGGAAGAGCGAGUUGUCAUGCUUAAUUCUGCCAUGAAGAAACCAAAGCUGAGCACAGUGACUGAGACACCCGUUGCUGUGGUGACCACGCGCACAAGGGAGGUGUAUUUUUGGGGAGGAGGAAAAUUCACCCCCCAGAAGCUUGACUCGUUCAAAGGAGGCAGCAGUGCCCAGCAUGUUUGUGCAGGAGAGAGUCACUUUGCUGUGGUGACUGUGGAAAAAGAGCUGUUUACCUGGGCUAAUGUUCAAGGUGGAGCCAAGAUGGUGGGCCAGCUGGGGCAGGGGGACCAGGCGUCCUACCGACAGCCGAAGAGGGUGGAGAAGCUCCAAGGGAAGGCGAUACGUCAGGUGGCGUGUGGGGCCGACUUCACUGCCUGUGUGACAGACGAAGACCAGCUCUACAUGUUUGGGUCAGACUAUUACGGCUGCAUCGGAGUCGAGGGCGAGAUGGGGAUGGAGGUCUUGGAGCCGGUGCUUCUAGAGUUUUUCGUGGAGCGGUGUGUCCGGCAGGUUUCCUGUGGAGACAACCACGUGGUGGUGCUGACUCAUAAUGAUGGCAUCUUCUCAUGGGGUUGUGGAGAAUACGGGCGUCUUGGCCUGGAGUGUGAGGACGACUUUUCUUCUCCGAUGCAAGUGGAAAUCCCUAGAGGUGCCACCAUCUCCUCUGUGUCAUGUGGCUGUGAUGGAACAUUCUUUCUGACAGAGACCGGAAAAGUCUUAGCGUGUGGAAACAAUGAAUUCAACAAGCUGGGGUUGAACCAAGGGAUCUCUGGUCUCAAAAACCACCCUGGAGAGGGUUACCAGGGAAUACCGUACAUCACCACACUCACUUUGGUGAAACAGUUGUCCCGCUUCAAGAUCCAGGUCAUCGCUCCUGGGAAGACCCACACCGCUGCCAUUGAUGAACGAGGUUGCCUGAUCACCUUUGGUUGCAACAAGUACGGACAGCUGGGAAUGAAGGACUUCAAGAGACACUAUGGUGUCAAAGUUCUUGUUGGACAAUUUGGAGGGAAGACGGUGACUAAGGUGUCUUGUGGAGAUGGAUUCACUAUCGCAGCCACUGAGGAUAAUCAUAUCUUUGCAUGGGGAAACGCAGGAAAUGGGAGACUUGGGAUGCCUGCGGAUAAGGGAUUCGGCUCAGAGGUUUGCCCUUCUCUGCCGAGGCCCAUAUUCGGCUCCCUCCACCAUGUGCCGGACCUCUCUUGUCGUGGCUGGCACACAGUCAUCAUAAUGGAAAAAAUGCUGAAUUCAAAGACCAUCCGCUCAAACAGCAGUGGAAUAUCCAUUGGGUUUGGCCAGGAGGCCUCUACAACGAUGGUGGAUCUGGAAAUCGAGCCUGGAUUGGAGACUGGCUCUCAUGACAGUAGUCUCGGGGGCACGCGGGAGGUCAACACAGAGGAAGGACUCAUGAAUUCAGAAAUGAUGUCAUUUGGAAAUCAGACUGGGGACAGCUCAUGCCCUCUGUGGCUGAAAAAGGAGUUAGAGGAUGCAGAAUACAUCCCGAUGCCCGAGGAGUCGGAACAAUCCUCUAACAAUCAGCUCUCCUCUGUUUCUGAGAGCAUCACUCUGCCAUACGAGGAGCUGAAAGGACUGAAGGCAGCAGCGGCGGCGGUCAGCAGCAGAACAGACUUAUCGACUACACGAAUGAGCAGUGAUAAAAUCGGCAGACUGGAUGACGUUUUCCUAGAAGAAGAAAGUGGUGCUUGCUGCAGGGCAAACAACGAGGUGGCUGAGCUGAAAGAAACAAUUGCGCGUCAAGAGACGAGGAUCGAGAUGCUAGAGAAGCAGGUCAAAGAGCAGCACCAGGAGAAUGAGAGGCUUUGGCUCGCAAUUAAUCAUUUAAAACUUCAAGAAGCGGGACAUGAUGGUAACAGAAGUCAUCACUCUAAUCGCAUGCCUGGUGACAGAGGAGGAGGAGAGAGAAGACUGACCAAUCACAGCGGCCGAUCUGCCGGCGCCAGUGUGUGAGAUUAAAACCCUGGAGACGUUCUGGUCCAGAGUUUUUACAUGUUAUGGUUACAUGCUAUUGCAUAUGCAACAUGCGUCACACUUGUUUUUUCAGCGGGGUGCCAUUACCGAGCUAGUUUCUGCAGACUGAAACGUUGGCUGGAUUCAGCUUCAACCACCCAAAUCUGCUGGAGGCAAUCUGACCACAGUGUUACGCUUCUGUGUGAACAUUAGGACUGGUUUCUCAGACAUUAGUAUUUAUUACACAGCAGCCGUUACAUCAUCAUGUAAAUAGGACGCAGUUUCCUGGAAACACGAGAUGACGAGCAACUAACCUGUUUGCAUCGUUGAUGUGAACACAUAGUUCUCUUAUGCAUCGCUUUUAUUAUUACAAAUAAUAUCUUGAAGUGCCAAAUACAUCAUAACAGCUUUUUAAAGCGAUAUAUUUAUCAAGCAUAUUACUUGUGACAGUUUGAAUAAUUAUACAUAAAGAUAUUUAUAUGUAUUUUUCAAGUUUGCAUGUCUUAAGAAAACUUAAGAAAAACAAAACUACUUAAUUUUUUGUAUUAAGUAUUUUCCCCUCAUUUUAUUUGUUGUGACACACAAACACUUGAACUGUUUUUCCUUCUUUUCUGCAUUUUAAUCCUUUAUUUCUCUUUUGCAUUGUAUGUAUGAACAUAUUUUCAUUUUAUUUUUGAAUUUGGUUGACAUCCUGAGUUUUUUUUUAUUCAACGACACCAUCUAGAGGUCGGCAAAUGUGUUGCACCUUAAACCGUUCUCACCACUUCCACAUUUACGGCCUAAAGCAGCGCCUCUCAUUAGCGAACGCGCGCCUCUAGCUGGCGAGCAGCACUAAAACACAUUGAUAUAUGUAUAUGUGUGUGUGUGUGUGUGUGUGUGUGUGUGUGUGUGUGUGUGUGUGUGUGUGUGUGUGUGUGUAUCAGGGAUGUGUAUUUUUGAAAUUCUG